AUGAGGGACUUCCCUUCCUGCUUCGGCGAGAGCGGCGUCCAGAUCGCGGACGCGUCGUCGUCUUCUUCCAGCGCCGGCAAGGGCGCGGCGCAGAACCUGGUGACCAGCCUCUACCAGACGCAGUUCUCGGGCCGGCCCUGCGUGAUCUCGCUCACGUGGAGCAAGAGCCUCAUGGGGCAGGGCCUCAGCAUCGGCGUCGACGACCUGUCCGGCCACUGCCUCUGCAAGGCGGACAUCAAGCCGUGGCUCUUCUCCAAGAAGAAGGGGUCCAAGAGCCUCGACGUCGAGGACGGCAAGAUCGAGAUCUUCUGGGACCUGUCGGGCGCCAAGUUCGGCGCCGGGCCAGAACCGGUGGAGGGGUUCUAUGUUGCGGUGGUGUUCGACCUUGAGCUCGUGCUCUUGCUCGGCGACAUGAAGAAGGAUGCGUACAAGAAGACUGGAGCCAACCGAUCGAUGCUGAAUGCCGCGUUCGUGGCGAGGAGGGAGCACAUAUAUGGGAAGAAGAUCUACUCCGCUAAGGCGCAAUUCUGCGACAAUGGCCAGUUCCAUGACAUUGCCAUAGAGUGCGAUACCGUCGGCUUGAAGGAUCCAUGUCUUGAAAUAAGAGUUGAUAAGAAGCCCGUGAUGCAGGUGAAGCGACUGGCGUGGAAGUUUAGGGGAAAUCAGACAAUUCUCGUUGAUGGCUUGCCUGUGGAGGUGUUCUGGGAUGUUCACAGUUGGCUCUUUGGAUCAACGGCAAGCAACGCGGUGUUCAUGUUUCAGACAUGCCAGGCACCUGAGAAGUCGCUGCCAUGGUCCUAUUCGCAGAUUUUUAGGGAGUCCCAGUUGCAAGGUCUUGGUUUCUCGCUGAUCCUGCAUGCGUGGAAGGUUGAAUAG